AUGUGUUACCAAAUUAUUUUAUCGAGUUGGGCUUCUUGUGAUAAUAGUUUGCUAUCUGCCAAGAUUGAUCGUGUUAGUGCGAUUUUGGUCAGUUGGCGAAAAGAGAUAACAUGGUCUUUUAAAGCCAGACUAAGGAGAUGUAAAGCUACUAUUAGCCGAUUGAAGCACAUAAGAGAUGAUAGUGCAAUUACCCAAUAUCUUGCUGCCCAAACAGAAAUGUGUAAUAUUCUCCAUCAACAAGAAAUUUUUUGGCAUCAACGAUCGAAACAUCUUUGGUUAAAGGAUGGGGAUCAAAAUACAAAGUAUUUUCAUGCAGUUGCUUCAACUCAGAGACUUCAGAAUAUGAUUCAUAGGCUACAAGAGAUUGGUGGGAGUUGGGUGUAUUGGAUUAACGGGUUGGAUUCUGUUAUUGUCAAUUAUUUCAAGCAGUUGUUCUCCUCUAAAGGCUCUCAAUAUGCUGAGAUUCUUGACUCCAUCCCUUCGGUUCUCACAGAAAGUCACAAUAAUGAUUUACUUCACCCUGUUUCUGACACUGAGGUUAAGAAGGCAGUUUUCCAAAUGCAUCCCGAAAAGGCCCCUGGUCCAGAUGUUUUGACUCCGACCUUCUAUUAG